ACCCACCUCAUCUAUAUGGGGAAAACCCUGCUCCUCUCCAGGAUCCGUACCGUUCUUUCAUCUCCUUACUGCACUGUAUGGGAGUUAGCUGCGUUGUUCACUGGAAGCCCUCUGAAGGGAGGAAUCCCACUCAGCGGUUAGAGCUUCUCCAGUCCAGGAUCGAGACCCUAGGUGGCAAGUCUCUGGGUACGUGGAUUGUCGAUUGUGAGACACUGCAAUCUUCCCCUGCUCUAGGUGGAGGAGGUCCACAGAAACUAGUCCACAUGCUUCACAGCUCCGAGUAUCCAUUGACAACAUUUGCAGUGCUCGACUCUAACAAGUGUCUAGUGGCCGAGAACACUUUAGACACCAUCUUCCUCCAUCUGAGGCAGUUCUAUGCACAGCGUAAGGGGCACAAGGUCGACGUGAAGGGAGUCCAUUAUGACCUCAAUGAUAAGUACAUUGUCAAGGUCGGCUCUGUUGUCAUCGGCUCCUCCAAUAAGGGAAUAAUUGUAGAGACUGAGGACAAGCACAGUAGUGAGUCAUCGUGUUGGGAGCCACUCUCUGACUUUGUGAGGGGGUUGUUACAGAAUUCUGCUCCCAUAACCUCCCCUUCAUUUCCCCCCCGACCCUACGCCACAGCAGACACCAUGAUCUACUAUGCCAAUGUGUUCACUGAACUCAGGAAAGUUGGACCUAUAAUCAAAUGACAUCAUAGCUAGCUAAAAGUAUUAAUUGUUUGUGCUGUUACAGUAUAGAUCUAUAAUUAUACAUGCUACAUAACAAUCUCUUGACUCUUCUGUCCAUUCAAAA